AAUAUGACAUUCGAUGGUUAAAUUAUAAAGUUUUCAAUAUCUUUCUUUUCUAGCGACAAUGAUUAUAAAAAAAAAGACAAAAAAAUAGUAUCGCUAAAUUCUAAAUAUCCAUCAUGAAUAGAAGCAGAAAUAAUAACUGAAUGUUCCUUCGGCGUUUCUUGACGACAUUCCUUAAUUUGUAAUAAUUCUCUCCAAUCCGCAUACAAUGUGUUUAUGUUAACGUGAGCGAUGGCGAUGUAUGGCGCAAAAUCUAGGGAAUAUAAAAAUAAUUCCACCUCAACUCCUACCUCUCAAUCUCCCAAUUCUGGCGAUCACGGCAAAAUAACGAACGUGUCAGAUUCUAUCGACGGAAACUAUCCAUAUCACGUAGAGGAUGUUGCGACAAAUACUCAAAAUAACGAGUCCUCGUCUUCCGGUAACCAAUUUACGUUUACUCGUGCAAUAGAGUCCGAAAAUGAAUGCGCUAUUAAAGAAGAGGAUAAAUUGGAAAAGGAAUUGAGCGUAGCCGAGUUUUUGCAGAGUUUGAAAAGUAAGAGAUAUUCUAAUGAGAGAAUAGGUGUUCAAAAGCCCGUCGAUACCAGAUUUGUACCUGAGGUGACACCUAAAAUAACUGAUGUAAUCAGGAACCUGCCUCCAACCUUGUCAUCUUUUCUAAAGUCACGAACAAAAUACCUGCUCAUGAAACAAAACUCAGCUUCCUCCUCGUCCAACAACAAUACCCGCCUCUCUCUACCCAACGGACGAGCCGUUAAUGAACGGCCGCCGCUCUCCUUCCCCUUAGUUUCGAACCCUUCCCCUCAUCAGCGAUUCUCCUCUACGACCUUCAACAAUUACUUCGUAUCCAAAUCCUACCACAAUUAUUGUCCCAAGUGCAAUCUCUAUUUCGGUUCCAAGACGCAACUCGAUAAGCAUCUAGCCUUGCACUCUCCCGUUAGUCAAACGUGCGAGGUAUGCGGGAAAGUGUUCGCUAAUAUUUACCGCCUUCAAAGACACAUGAUCAGUCAUAACGAAAGUGCAAUCCUCCGAAAAUUUCAGUGCAAUCAAUGCGAGAAAGCGUUUAAAUUCAAGCAUCACCUAAAGGAACACCUCCGUAUUCAUUCUGGCGAAAAGCCUUUUCAGUGCAAUAUUUGCUAUAAACGAUUUUCUCACUCCGGUUCCUAUAGCAGUCACAUGACCAGCAAAAAAUGCGUUUCUAAGCUUAAAAAUACCACAUCGACUUCGUCGUCGUCCGUUCCCACCCCCGUCAAGACCGAAAACGACGCUAUAGGUUCUCAUAAAGAACCCCCUUUUUCGAUGAACGCAUCGCCAACCACCGCCAGUUAUCCCGUCUAUUCGCGCAGCCCUACCGCCCGUUAUAAUGGGCCAGGGAUGGGAGGCGCGACAGAAGCCAACGCGGAUUCCGAUUCAACGAAUGGCGAGGAUGGCGAUGAAAAUAAUAUCGCAAGACUCAAUAGUGCGAUCGCGCCUUCUGAUUCGUUGUCCUCGUGUUCGUCGCCUAUGCAAUGGUGGCAGCGUUUCUAUUAUUCCUACUAUCUAUACCAGCAGCAUCAACAGAAUCAACAGCAAAAUAUUCACAAUCAACAAACAUUCAGAUUCAGCAACCAUCACUCUCCUCAUGAUAAUACUCCACAAAAAAACAGCUUUUUAUCCGCCAAUAUUUACGCUAAUAGAGAAAAUAAUACCGCUAAUAGCGAUCAUCGAAAAACUUUGCCCACAAACACCGAAAACUCAUCUCGCUCCCCUUCUCACGCAUCUAAUUCCUUAUCACUUUUGCCACACGGCGUUUCCGCUAGCGCUUCUUAUAAUGCGUCCUUUAGGGCGGAAACGCUCGCAGAUCUCUACCACCAAUACCUGGCCCGUCCACUACCCCCUCUGAUGCACCCGAUGCUGCCUCCCCACCAUCCAUUUUACCCGCCACCACCUCUUGCCCCCACCUUAGCACUACCCUACUUGGCGCCCUUUUUCUUCCCACCAAACAGACGUAAUUUUCAAGAUCCCAUUCCCAUCAAUUACGAAAGCAGUAUUGACGAAGAAGAAAAUGGCGGAAACGAGGAUAAUCGAUAUGGCGGAGACCGAGGUUUGGGUAGGGUGGAUAGAUUUGACCAGGAAAAUGACGAAUCCGACAGCGAAAACGGACCUCUGGAUUUAUCGUUCAAAAAGAUGAAGAGCGAUUCGGAAAAUCGAAAUUUUUUCAACGAUUACGGGAAAAGCGCGAACAGUAAUCAACCAUCCUCGUUUCACCACAAAGAAACCAUUCCUAAACCUCACUUCUACGAUUCCAUCGAUACUCUGGACUGCUCGAAUCCGCCAAAUAAACGCUCAAGAGAGCCUCAAACAGCUAAUAGCGUUCCGGACGAUUCGGCACAAGGUUCGAUCAAGAGAAAGCGUAAAUCUUGGAAGCACCUGCGAGUCUUUAAUCGCCCGCCACCUCCAAUCAACAACCAUUCCUCCCAAGAGAACAACGAUAUAAACGCUGGCGACGGAACCAUAAAAGACGAAACUGGCGAUGAUAUUAACGGUAGCGAAUCUCUGGCCAAUUCCACGGCUAAUGGUUGUUAUUCCUGCGAUCAAUGCGACAAAGCUUUCAGCAAGCAAAGUUCCUUGGCUAGGCACAAAUAUGAACAUUCUGGAACGAGACCCUACGCUUGUACCAUAUGUUACAAGGCCUUCAAACACAAGCACCAUUUAACCGAACAUAAUCGACUUCACAGCGGGGAAAAGCCUUACCAAUGCUCCAAAUGCCUCAAAAGAUUUUCCCAUUCAGGCUCCUACAGCCAGCACAUGAAUCAUCGGUACAAUUAUUGCAAACCAUACAGAAACGCUACUAGUUUUUAAUAAAAAAUGACCCCCCCCCCCAUCCUCUAUUCCCAAUUAUCUUCUCGCGUAUCCAUCCCCACCCCUCUUCUUUACGUCGAGAAGAUCUGUGCAAUAUUUAUUUUACCCAUCUCCCACUAUAUUGGUUAUAUUAUGGAUGGUUUCCAAUAUGAUUUAUUACGAGAACCUUCUAUAACCCUCGCGAGCGAAAAUAUUCAAUCAAAACAAUAAUCGAUGGACUUUUAAACUCAUUAUUUAAGUUUGAAUCGCAAUAAGAAACCGUAUGAUUUAUAUUUAUCUAUAUAUAAAAAAUUUUUUUUAAAAAAAGAGAAAUGUUAUUAUUAAUUACAUUUAAUAUUUUAUAUAAAUAUAAUUAUCUUAUAUUAUAGUCUUUUAAUAAAAAAACAACAACAAAAUCACCAAAG